AUGGCGGCGCCCUGUGUCAGCCAGGCUGUUCGGUCAAUGUGGCAUCUCAGACACAUUAAUAGGAAACCCGGUGUAUUUGUACAGGGAAUUCGACUCUUAUCUACUAGCAGACAGUGCAAUGGUGUCGCUAAACCCAAAAAAGAAGAACCCAAACCUGCGUCUCAGUGGAAACUGUACGGGGCAGUGUGUUUACAGCGGCUGCCGUUGGUGUCAAAAGAUCCCCAUCCCAUAGAGAAGAAAUUUGCAGAUCUCCUGCACCAGAUGGAGAUGGAGCGUAGUUUCCUUAGCGACCACGAGGUGCGGCUAUUGGAGGACGCAGAGCGCCUGAGCAGGAAACAGGAUGGCGAGUUCGACUCGGACGACGAGGACAUGGGCAAUCAGGAGAUCACUACCGCCCAGGACGAGGAGGACGCCUGGGAACAGAGGCUCAAGAGGUUCCACCCUGCCGCCAGGGCCCUAGGCGAGGCCGAUUUGGAGCGCGCGUCUCUGGGCCGCUGCCUGUCGGAGAGCCUGGUGCUGUUGGUGCAGGUGGAGGUGGGGCAGGAGAGGGUGUGGAUGCUGCCCCAGACGGCCUGGACCGCCGGGGAGACGCUCAGGCAGACCGCCGAGAAGGCACUCGCUAACCUGCCAGGCUCUGAUCUGCAGGCACGUUUCCUUGGCAACGCUCCAUGCGGCGUGUACAAGUACAAAUUUCCCAGAAGCCUCCGCACCGAGACCUGCGUUGGGGCCAAGGUGUUCUUCUUCAAAGCACUGUUGUCUGGCGGGACGCGGGCCACAUCUGGCUCGGACACGGCGUUCGCGUGGGUCAGGAGGAGCGAGCUGAAGGACUACCUGAAGCCAGAAUACCUGAAACAGGCAGAACUCUUCAUAGUGGACCUGUGAUGGACAGAUACCAGCUCUCUCUCUCUCUCACACACACACACACACACACACACACACAA